GAUCCGUUUGUUGUCGAUAUAUAUACGUUGUUAGACUGGCUUAGAAAUUAAAUGAAGCAUCGUAUCUCAACUGGUUGAAAUGCAAUCGAGAAUAAUAUCAGUGGCUUCAGCUGUCUAUAUUGUACCAAGAACUUCGUCGAGUACUUGGGUGUUGCCUGAUAUUCAAGCUAAUCUUCGGAAAGGACUUGCCUCGGCCAGAUCGCGGUACUUGGGUACUGCGGACCCUGCCAUUCAUGCUGGUGACUUUGACGCUGACCCUGUUGUCACUACAGGAGAUCCGGAAGCUCCAGAAAAUGUUGCAAAGGAGAAACCGGUUGAAGAGCAUAUAGAUACAGAAGACAGACGUGGAUGCAGAGGAACAGAACCACUCUCACCCCCUAAACCUCCAUAUGCUGGUUCCCAAAGGCUGGAGAGCAGAGGGGUAAACCAGCAGCCUUUGAAUCCAACCUUUCAGCAGAAGCGUAGCGUUACAACUGCAGGUGUAGCUAAUUCCUUAGAACACUUCAGCUGUGCAGGGCUUGACGGCUCACCAUGGCCGAAGGACGCGGACAAAGAGCAGACAGACAGGGAAGAGCAACAAGAGGAUGAACAAGAGUACUACAAGCAUCAUAAGGCGUCACCGUUGUCCGAGAUUAAGUUGGCCGAUACACGAAAGCCCAUUACACGUGCCACAGCCGACGCUGGGGAAGGAUACGGUGGAGGUAAAGAUGUGAUUGGAUGGAGGGCUGAACAGCUGGAUACAGCUGAGGAAGCACUGCUUAGGGCUGCAAGGAUAUGGAAGGAGAAUGCCACGCGUGGUGACCCUGAUGCUCCUCAAUCUAAGGUUCUCAGGGUACUAUUGCGUGAACGUGGAGGUUCAACUACAGAGUAUUUGAUCGAUUAAUUUUGAAUCGCCAAAGUCGAAUCCUGGAAUUGCUUUUUCUUUGUCAAUGUAAAUAAAGAAAGGUUCACAGUCACAGAGGAACCAUAGAUUUGCUUAGAGCUUGUAAUUUGCGUUUUAUCGGAGAUAAUGUACUUAUAAUUUACUUUUCUUUUUCUUCUGGAAUAAUCUCAAACAAUAAUGUACUAUAUUUUUGGCUUUCGAUACUAAGUUGAUUGCACUGGUA